AUGAUCUACAGUGGAACAAGCACUGGCGGCUGCACCCGAAACAGCACAGCAACAGAGACCAAGAUGAUGACAUCAACUAAAAUAGCCUCAUCGAAAACUACAACUCUUCAUAUCCACUCCAGCUCUUGUCUGACAGGCGCUAGUGAUCGGACAACAACUCCUUCAGUCGAAUUUCGCCACUUGGCUCCAACUGCCUCAAUUGAUGUGAUUAAUUUGGAAGAUCAACUUCUGGGCAAAGCCGAAAAACAGGUUCCAAUAUCUGAGAAUAGAAUAGACUAUUUAAAGACGAGAGGUGCUGCAGCUAGUGAGAUCACCUCAAGUGCGACGUCCGGUGGCGAAAGCUCACUAGCUAGAUGCAAGUCACAGUCAAGGCAAUCCAAUACCGCUUUAACUACAACUACAGCAUUUGAAAUGGGGUCAAAAACACUUAUGCAAAAGGUAAGACUAUUUGCUGCAGAUUAA